GAUAACUUUUCCCUCAUACCACUUGGUUUAUUCUCACCGAAGCUAAUUCGUCAUACCAAACAUUACAACACCACAAAAUGUCAGUUCCCGCGGAUCCAGAUACGCAAAUACCGCCUAAGGACGAGACCGGAUCAUGCAGCCGCCCAACGCAUCGCUUGCAAGAGAUCAAAGUCGGGGAUAACAGCGUCCAGCUCUUGGUAUCUACCAAAGACCACCUCUAUGACGCUAAAGACGUUGGAGCUGGAGUCAACUCCUAUCAAGUUAUCGGUUCAUGGGAAGACAGCUCAGUCCAGGAACUCACCAAGAUGUUGAGCCAACGCCAAGUCAUUACAAAUCGGCAGUCACCCACAUACGCUGAAGCAUCUCGCUUUGAGAAACAUGGAGCAGGGAAAUCUCUAGCAGAGGCUGGUCGGGAUCAACACAAUAGGAUUGUGGGUGGGCAGCAGAGGAGCGAAUAGAACUACCUUGUUGAUUGCGUGUACCCUCCACCUACGCAUUCCUCUUCUACCGUGCCUUCAUUGCGUACAUGUUGCCGCUGGUUCUGAGAUCUCAGCACUUCGUUAAGACUACCCUCCGAAACCGACCCGAAGAAUUGAAUAGAACCAUGGCCGGCCCUAGCUCCCUUGAUGUUGAACAGGUCCCCCAGCGUAGACACGCAAAUUUGCUUCCCAUCGUUCCCGACGCUGAUAUCUUCAACCACGUGCACCCUUCCAGACGAUGCCCAUUCCGAUGCCCGAUCGCAGACACUCAAGCACUGCUUCGUGCUUUCCAACUCAUUUUGGAGCGUCUCGCGAUUCGCACCCGGAUCGACUUUCUGAUUCAAAUCUUGUACUAAGUCCUUAAGCCGGAGAUUCUCCUCGGUAUUACCACGGUGCGAUUCGAGGCGGUCGAUGGUGUCCGCAAGAUUGAAGCUGCAUGUCUUGAGCGUGGAAAUAGUGAGGGAAUCAGCGAGUGUCAUGUUUUCAGCUGAGAUAGACAUAACAGCAGUCUUCGAGGAGGGCUCAGUAAGAACGGGUUGAAAACUCAUCCCAUUGAUUUCUUCGAGGAGAUGUUUCAGGUACUCGAGGCAUCGUUCUGUACUUUCUUUUUCCUUCUCAAAUUUUCGUAGAUGGGCAUGGCCUUCAGCAGCUUCUGUCUUGGCUCCUUGAGAUACUAUGUCUUGCAAUUUGGAGUCGAUGUCAUUCAGAUGCUUCUCCAGAUCAAGCUUAGUGUCGCAAAUCAAGUUUUUAUAAUCAUUCAGAACUUCAAGGGUAACCUUGGACGAGCGCCUGGAAGCAAAUUAGCGAAACCCUUCCUGUUGGGCCGAGAAACUAACAGGUUGGCGUCAGCUAGCGCUAUAGCUAUUGUCCCUUUGUAACCUGCUAAGAGUUCUUUGAACGAAACGAUAUCGCCAUUCAUGUACAUCAACUUAGCCCAAUCUCUAAGACUUGUUCUUGCCUCCCCUCGAGUUCGCCUGCUGUUCUGCUCGAUCAAGAUUUGGA